GCAGCGUGGUUGGCACAACAAGCUCAGCGAUCGGUCCGUUCACUCCUGCGCUGCUCCACUGCAGUUCCUCCGCGGUACACAAGGACCACACCGACCUGCCCGGCCCAGUAAACAAGGACGGAGAAAUGAACUCGUCCUCCGCCGUUCACAUCGCACUGACGUGAGCGUGUCACGGCUCUAUUUAACGCAUACACACACACAAACGCGCGCGCACAGAAGACCCUCGUACCGGUCUGCUGUUUACAACCCCCCACCCCCCAGCUCGGUGUCGGACAGUCCCAGCAGCCGCAGCCGCAGCCCGAACCAUGGCGGAGAGAAGUGGCCGGUUGAGCUUCCCCGGGAGCGGAGCUCUCAACAGACCGGUGCCCAUGAACCUGUUUGCCACAUGGGAGAUAGACGGAUCCUCCCCGAACUGCAUCCCCAGGUUGUGCAGUCUGACUCUGAAGAAGCUGGUUGUGAUGAGGGAACUUGAUAAAGAGCUGAUCUCUGUGGUCAUCGCGGUUAAAAUCCAGGGCUCCAAACGGAUCUUGAGGUCCCAUGAGAUAGUGCUGCCACCCAGUGGGUCUGUGGAGGCUGAUCUGGCUCUCACCUUUUCGCUGCAGUACCCUCACUUCUUAAAACGAGAAGGAAACAAGCUGCAGAUCAUGCUGCAAAGACGGAAGAGAUACAAGAACCGAACUAUCUUGGGCUACAAGACUCUGGCAGUGGGAUCUAUUGAUAUGGCCGAGGUGAUGCAGCACCCGACAGAGGGAGGCCAGGUUCUGCCUCUCUGCAGCAACCAGAAAGACCUGCUGGGGAAGGUGGCCGAGAUCUGGAUCUUUUCUCUGUCCAGUCAGCCAAUAGACCACGAGGACGCAGCCCUGCAGGGAGGACAGAAGAUCAAAUGCUCCGAUAACUACUCAGAGGAAGAGUACGAGAGCUUCUCCUCGGAGCAGGAGGCCAGCGACGACGCCGUGCAGGUUCAGGAUCUGGAAGAUGACGAGUACGAUGUGAGAAAGCCAAAGAAGCAGAGGAGGUCGAUUGUGAGGACCCCCUCCAUCACCAGACAGCAGAACUUUAAGCAGCGCGUGGUGGCUCUUCUGAAGCGCUUCAGAGUUUCAGAUGAGGUGCUGGACUCGGAGCAGGACCCUGCAGAGCCAACCCCUGAGGUGGAGGAGGACCUGGACCUGGACCUGGAUAGCAUAGAGUUUGAGAACCCGAGUGACAGUGGCCCGGAGCUGGACGACGACGACAGCGUCCUCAGCACACCAAAACCCAAACUCAAGCCAUAUUUCGAGGGUCUGUCCCUCUCCAGCUCUCAGACGGAGAUCGGCAGCAUCCACAGCAUCCGGAGCCACCGGGAGCCUCCGAGCCCGAUCGACCCGGAUAAAACCAAGUGUGCUGGGGCCAAGUUUCCAGAGGACGGUGUGUCUGAUAACGUCUCCUUUGAGCAGCCCGAGGCGGUGACUCCGACCACAGAGCUGGAGAUGGACAACAUGGACACAUUUCUAGAGCGACUGCCACCGAGUGGCAAAAUGACCAAGACGGAGUCCCUAAUCAUUUCAUCCAACAGGCAGGAACCGAAGUUGGCAGGGAGGCGAGGCAGGAGCACAUCGCUGAAGGAGCGCCAGCCCAGCAGGCCGCAGAACGAGAGGGCCAACAGCCUGGACAACGAGCGGUCCCUGGACACGCGCUGCCACCUACAGAUUCCAAGAAAGACAGUGUAUGACCAACUCAACCACAUUCUGGUGUCUGAUAACCACCUCCCCGACAGCAUCAUCCUCAUCAACACGUCAGACUGGCAGGGCCAGUAUCUCUCAGAUAUGCUGCAAAACCACCACCUACCCGUGGUCUGCACCUGCACCACGGCCGACAUCCAAGCUGCGUUCAACACUAUUGUCUCCCGCAUACAGAGAUUUUGCAACUGUAACUCCCAGACGCCCAUUCCCAUAAAGAUCGCAGUGGCCGGUGCGCAGCACUACCUCAGUGCUGUUCUGAGGCUUUUUGUGGACCACCUUUCCCAUAAGACCCCUGACUGGCUCGGCUACAUGAGGUUCCUUAUCAUCCCUCUUGGUGCACAUCCGGUCUCCAAAUAUCUGGGCACUAUUGACUAUCGAUACAACAGUUUGUUCCAAGAUGCUGCCUGGAGGGAUUUGUUUCACAAGCCAGAAGCUCCGGUUAUUGCCCAGCAGAACCCAGACGUGGUGUCGAGGGUAACUCAGUACAUGGUGGGAGCUAACGGAGCUCACCAGCUUCCCAUCGCGGAGGCCAUGCUCACCUACAAACAGAAGAGGAAAAAGAGCUUUCAUUUUGAUUUUGCAGUAAGUCUGUCUGUUUCUUCCUUGGGGGGGCGAUGGCAGGUUUCUUCAAGCCCGGAUGAGGACUCGUGUCAGAAAUUCAUCCCCUUCAUUGGGAUGGUGAAAGUUGGUCUCUUGGAGCAAACGUCUGCAACGUCAGGAGACUCUGACGAUGCAGCACCUCUGGGCUCCUCGCUGCUCUCCUCCACCCCUCCACAAGUAUCACCGGCUCUCAAAGAGGCGUCACCCACCCCACCCUCCUCUCCCUCCGUCACCACCAGCUUCUGUGCCUACAGUUCUGUAGGUCAGGCGGAGCUGAUGGGGCUUCAGGUGGACUACUGGGUGGCUCCAACAGAGAGGAAGAAGGACAUGGAGAAGCGGGACUCCUCCUCCAAAAACACUCUGAAGUGCAAUUUCCGCUCGCUGCAGGUCAGCCGGCUGCCCCUGGGGGGCGCGGAGCCGAGCCACCAGCCCACCAUGUCCAUGACUGUGGUGACCAAGGAGAAGAAUAAAAAGGUCAUGUUCCUGCCAAAAAAGAGCAAAGACAAGGAGGUGGAGUCGAAGAGUCAAGUGAUCGAGGGCAUCAGCCGGCUCAUCUGCACUGCCAAGCAACAGCAGACCAUGCUGAGAGUAUUGAUUGACGGCGUCGAAUGGAACGACGUCAAGUUUUUCCAGCUGGCGGCACAGUGGUCCUCACACGUCAAACAUUUCCCCAUCGGGAUCUUUGGGCACACAAAAGGCCCUUACUAGCAGCACCUAAAAGACUGAAACACUGAGGACAGCCCCCCCCCAUCUUCCCUUUAUCCCGUGCCAACAGAUUUUAACCCCCCGCACACUUCUUCUAUUCUGCUGUCUUAAUUUAAGCUCCUGCUUUCAGCUGUUGCAUUUGUCCAAUUAUUUAAUGUUUUGCGUGUUCUUUUUUUAAUUUUCUAUUUAUGGAAAAAUGUCUCGAGGCAAAGCUGCCGAGGGAAUAUUUCUUUACUCAGCUUUUUAAAAGAAAAAAGAUCAUUCUGAUGUUUUCUAGACUUUUGAGAAAAACAAAUUAAAUAAUAAUUAGUCAUUACUUCUAAUCUUUAACAUACUCGUAUGAGUGCCCAGGUUUCACCUUCUACCAUCAUUUAUUUUUAAAUUAGGUGAGGCUUUUUUAAUCAAUUGGCUGGGACAUUUAAUCAAGAAUAUAUAUAUAUGUAUAUAUUUCAUUAUACAUAUAUAUGUAUAUAGACAUAUAUAGGUAAAUAUGUCUAUAUAUAGGUAUAUAUAUAAUUGUCAACUCAAAGAUGAUGAAGAAAUUUGUGAUUUUCAAGUUGGGAGACUGUUGUCAAUUCAUUGUCUUAAUCCUGAAGAAGCAAAAAGUAAAUGGCCCCUGAGCUUUGGCUCUCUGCAAUCAACUAGGAGUCUUAUGUGAAAUAGACUGAAAACUGUGUGAAUGUGAUUCUUAAUAAUUACCUGGCACUGACCGAGAAUUACACACUGCUCUCAGUCGUGAUUUUCAACCCCUUCUCUUCUCUAUUUUCUCCUCAUGGUUUGAGGUUUUGAACAGUUUUGCUCCAAAGUGAGACAUAUGAGAAAAUAGUGAAGAAAAGUAUUAAUAGCACAAAAUUAACUACCUUUUAGAUUGUAGUCCGGACAGAAAGAAAUACAUUGACAUUUCGGGUAUUUUGCUUUCUUUCUGAGAGUUGGAUAAGAAGAUUGUUACCACCCUAAUGUCUUUACAGUAAAUAUGUGGCUAGAGCCAGCAGUCGGUUAGCUUAGCUUAGCAUAAAGGCUGAAAACAGCGGGAAAGAGCUAGCUCUGUCCAAAGGUAAAAAUCUGCCUAUCAGCGCCUCUUACGCUCAUUGAUAAAUAUGAAUGGUCUUGUUUGAGUGUAAAACUACAUGUUGUGGAUUUACGAUUGGAUUUAAAGGAAAAUAGUCUGGCACAAAACCCCCAAAACACAAUUUGUCAUCUUAUAUUCUUAAGUAUCCAGAAAAGAGACAAAACGCACAAUAAAGACAAAACACACAAUAAACAAAAGUGAAUUUGACUGAUAGUAUUACUAUAUUUUUACAUUUUCUGUAGAUGUUGCAGUAAUAUCGUUAUCGUGGAUUAUUUUUGGCCUACUGUGGACCUUCCCCGUUUCCAGCUAAACUAAGCUAACUGGCUACUGACAAACAGCUAGCCUAGCUAUGAUCACAAAAUAAUCCACCCACUAGUAUCUGUAAAGCUCACAAAUUAACACGUUAUAUCUCCUUUGUUCAACCUAUACAAAAAAACUGAGUUGUGGUUUUACACUGAGCCAGGCUAGCUGUUUUCCCCCGUUUCCAGUCUUUGUGCUAAGCUAAGCUAAUCGUCUGGUAGCCGUAGCUUCAUGUAGCUACCAGAGAUCUUCCCAUCUAACUCUCGUUAAGAAAGCCAAUAUAUUUAUUAUCCAAAAUGUUUAACUGUUCCUUGACGCUUGUUUUAUAAGAUGCUACACAUUUUACAGAGUGGUUCCUCUGCAAAUGAUUUUUAUUCCCCCUACAAUGUUUAUUUUAGAAAGAACUCUUCGUCCUCUAGCUCCACACUCCUUUGACACACUCCAUAUCUUUUGCUAAAAGCAAACAUUACUUUUGCCAAAGGAAAACUCGUCAACUGCAGCUCACUCAUUACCUGUGUGGUAUUAUAGAAGACUUCAUAAUGUAGAGGUGAAUGUAUUGAAGGUACCUUAAUGUAAAGCACUUUUAAAUGUUUGUCCAUUGUAGACUAGUGUGUUAAACCUACUCGGGAACCUGCAGGUACGGCUGACUGUGGUUCACAGACGCACAUAGACAGACACUGUGUCUGCCAUUAUAUCUGAGCUAAACAACAGCACAAACAGCGGUGACAUGGCAUAGUUUAUAUGCAAAGCAAACCAAGCGUCUGUAUCCUCACAGUGCUGUGUAAUAUCACUUUAUGCUCAGCGUGAGGCCUCCUUGGAUUUAGAUUUUAGUUUGAUAUUCUGUAAAGUUAUGUGUAUGUGAAAAAAUGUUCUGUCGGUAGAUUUUGCUCAAUCGUUUGUUGACUUUUAAGCAUAAAACUAAAAAGUAUUUUGCUGGUAAAAUUUAUUUCAUUCGCAGUUUUAUCAUAACUUUGCCAAUUUCUUGAUAAGUGCCUAAAUUGCUUAAUUUUGACAAAUCAACAUAAAUAAUUUGUUCUUUGCUAACAUGGUGCUGAUUCUGUUCGGACGACAACAAAAUAUCCAGAUACAGUGGAUUGAUUUUGCAGUAUAAUGUUAACUGGAGGGACGGAAAAAUCACAGUUGGCUCUCAAACAUGGGUUUGAAUCAAUUACAAGACGACUACAGCCCAUUCGCAUUGAGCAGACAUUUGUUUAAAAUGUUUUAGAUGUUUCUGUUUUUUCAUGUUGUCUCAGAGAAAGGCUUGUUGAAACUGAAAGUCCCCUAAAGACUACCACUGUAACCCCAAAACUUGGAGUAAUAAAACUACUAUACACACUAAAA